CGCGCAUGUUGGUCGGGCUGUCUGCCAGUUGUGCAGAUGGUUGUUUUCCGCGUUCAUGGAUAAAGCCCAUGGGUUAAAAAAACCCUGAAUUUCUGUGGUUAUAACAGUUUCGCCAUUGCUGUGUCCAUUUUUGGUCGCAGAAUAUGUUUACGGAGUUGGAUACUACACGGCUGCCAGAUGUAGUCGCUGCUGACGAAAUUCCUGACCAGACAGAGUCAUCCUAUUUAUUUCCAUCCAAUCUACCAAGACAGAAUUUAGCAGGUGGGAGGGGAGUUUUCGCAAACUUUUUUGAGGAAAUGGCGGGACCCGGGGCGACAGAUGCUCUGACCAACCGAACGCAGUGUAACUCAAAAGAACCGAACAAAUGUGCAAGGUUUGAAACUCCUUUUGCAAAGGAAGGGAGUGAGGAUGAUUUCUAUGUGCUCAGCGACCAUGGAUAUCCCAUGCAGGCCUUUUAUGAUAAUUUGGCGGACAACGACCUAGAUAUUUUGGAUCAGUACAAACACUUUGUUGAUCGUUCGAGAGAAAAUUCAACUCCGAUCGAACCAUAUUGCUGCACGGCUCCUUCCUUGGAUCAUCCUAGUUGGGAUGCUGACCCCAACACCCCUUCCAUGAGACCCGGAGGAAUUACUGGUUACAUGCAUGGAGAAUUGGGUAGUGACAUGUGUAUCUCCUACGUACAGCGAUGCAAACCGCCAAAAAUCCUGGCCAAGCGGUUUCUUCUGGGGGAAACAAUCGGACGCGGCAGUUACGGAAAGGUAAAGGAUGCGGUUGAUUUGGUAACUUUACGUAGACAGGCUGUCAAAGUGAUCAGCAAGCUGGCCAUCCGUAAAAUUCCCGGCGGUUGGUCUCAGGUUCUUCUGGAAGCCAGCGUCAUGCUUCGGCUCCCACCGCAUCGACACAUUGUCUCCUUACUAUCUGUACUCCGAUUAGACAAUCCGGAUCGGCUGUGUUUGGUGAUGGAACACUGCCUGGGUUCAGUGCAUGAUCUCCAAGCUGCCGGUGUUCCCUCCAUCCCGGGUGAGGAGGAUGAGGAAUUCGAUGUUGGUUUGAAAUUUGCUCCUGGAGCAGGCAAAGAAUCCACUGGUACAGACAACCCGCGAUCUUCCAUUCCCUGUCAGGCCACUUCUGACGCGCAUCAUAACUCCGAAUCCACUCGACGUGCCCCCAAACCGAAUCGCUUCAGUCGCCAAUUACCCACCAUUUCCACUGACAUUAAGCAAGAAACCAAGAAGUUUGCUGAUGCCUUCCGCCGUCGGAAAGUCUCCAAUAUAGAACAUGGACACAGGAAAAAAUCGAUACCCCAACACACUCAACAGCAACAAUUCCGUCGACUUCCUGAAGCGCAGGCGCAUGCCUAUUUUUUGCAGCUCAUCGAUGGCCUGGACUUCCUUCAUCGAAACGGUGUGAUCCAUCGAGACAUCAAACCGGCCAACCUCCUCCUCACACCGGCCCCCGGUUGCGGUUUGGGUGAUCUACACAGUGUGGCUGAAUUCAUGGAUGCUGCGGACUCAGGCUGGUUGGAUGGGAACGGCGGACAGUCGGGGUUUUUAGGGCGCUCUCUUUCUGAUCUUUUGGCGGCCUCUAGAGGAUGGUUGGUGAAACUCACUGAUUUCGGUGUCUCUGCAUCCCUUUCUGCCUUCCAGCCAACUGACCAGGUCAGUGGGGGACAGACCACACCGGCCGUUCAACCGCCCGAGGUGGCUAAAGGAGUUCAGUCUGUAUUCGUGGGAUCUAAACUGGAUGUGUACAGUGCUGGUGUGAGUCUGUACUUCAUGCUUACAGGUCGUGUCCCGUUCUCCUGUCAGAACGUGCUCCAAAUAUUCGAAGCGAUUGCCCAAGGCGAAUACACCAUCCCGGGUCACGUGUCCACCCACGCCGCCCACCUUGUCCGGAAAAUGAUGUACAAAGAUCCCAAGAAACGGUACACUUUGGAACAGAUCAGCAAACAUCCUUGGGUAGUCAACGAUCCAACACCUGCCCUCACAAUGGAACACCUUCGUGCCAAGUUCCGAGCCACCUCACCUCAUAUGUUCCUCGACCGUGGGAUUACUUGUUGGCUUAAUCCACUGGACUAUCUCAACCGAAAUACUUCGGAAUUCCCUGCGCCACAUAUCGACGAAACCGGUGCCAGGAUAUUCAGUCUUGUUGAGCUCUCCGGUUCCGAGCAUGCAGCGCCCGCUCCUCUUAACGAAGCCGGUUUGGAGGAUGGCGAUCUGAGCUCGCAGCAAUGGGUCGCCCCCAUAUCUGUUGUGGACAGACUCAGGCUGUUCAACCAACUUUCCGAUCCCUCCAAAAUGGCUGAAAUCGAUCACGAUCAGUGUAAUCGGUUCACACGAGCAAAUGCUCCUGGGUCUGAUGGACUGGAAUCACGGCUGGCCAAAUUGGGUAUCACCUCCGAACGAUUUGCGGACGCUGGUGUCUCUUCCUUCCUCGAUCCAUCGCUUCGUCUUAAGGAACGCCACUAUUCAGGUGGUACAGAGCAUGUGCACCAUCCGUUCGACUCAUCCUACUAUCGUCAACGAGGUGUAACCAUAUCCUUACCUGCCCGCUCUUUUCGUCAAGAUGUGAGUCAGAUGCGGCGACCAUUAGACGCUCAGUCAGCCCUGUGUGAGCCCCCCGUUUGUCCAGCUGACCUUCCUGUGUCACCCCCAAUGCAGCUGUUCGGACAUCAAGCUGCCCUGACUUUGGGACACGGAGGUAAAAUGCGAGCGACCAGUUUAUCUGGUCGGGAAGAAGAGUACGCUCCUAACGACCAGCAAACCGAAUCUCAUUUCACCUGGCAUUCCGGUUCUCGUCUGGCCUUUUCACCCGCACAGGUAUCCGAUCUCAGUUCAGGUCGUCGGGCACGCACCUACGAAUCCAACAUGGAUGCUCAAGGUGUCGAUCCCAAAGAUGAACCCUCUCCAAUCGCCUACUCCAACCCAAUUUUGGGUCGCUUGCCGGAUAGUGGCGCACAUCGACAACCCUCGUCUCGCAUUGGACGCCGAAUCACGCAGUGGUUGGCGAGUCCAUUCUCUUCUCUGCGACGUCGACUGCGUAAUCGUCGUCAUAAGGAUGUUAGAUUUGGUGAUGUGACCUUUGAAUGUCCAGACACUAACGAUUCGGCUUUUUCGCACUCUUCAGACCAAACUAUCUCGACGCCUACCGACCCCACUGGAUCCUUGAAAGGCAAACGUCACCGGUGGCUGCUUCAGCGGACAAAGAGUCGCAACGGCGCGGCACCUCCUAUGACCAACACGGCAAACAGGCGUCCGACUCGUUGAUCUUUUUUUCUCCACUUUACACGACCCCCAGCAAGUUGGCCUUACCUCUGCUAUUCUUCCGCAUUCGUACUUUUCUGUUUGAGAAUUGAUUACCCUUACAGAGUCCCAUCACCACAUCCCGUUUGCGUGCCAGCGUACCACCUGUGAUCAUCUGCUUGUAGACGUUACCCCUUCCUAAAUUCUCUACGAUUUCUUCUUACCAAUGUUGUGGUACUUCCCGUCUUGGCUGCCGGUUUCUCAUCCUUCAUUGUACAGUUCCCUUUGUUGCUUCCUAUCGGGUUUCUCGAUCCGAUGUAUUUAUUGUGAUACUAGCCCAAUUAACUAGCCCCGCAUAUGUUUACAUCAGCCCAGUUGGUCAUUGGUCGUGGUGAUGCUUACGUGUAAAUAUGGCCUACCAACAUCGAACUAUACCGUUUGGCUUUCGUUGAAAACACUCCCACGUACGUGGACCAUGCAUGACCCCUCCAUCGCUUGCCCCAAUUGCUUAACCGCCUCCCAUUCCAGUCACAAGAGGGGUGAUGUGUUUUGAGCCCCCCUCGUUUUGGGUGUCGUGUCAGUUUUGUUCCAAGCCACGCUUUGAUCCGAGCAAUGCAGGGCGCCUACUUUCUUUGUUUACCUUAGUUUAUGACCAACUAGACACGUGUAUAAAAAUCUAUGAAAACGACCUGU